AAAAGCUGAUUGGGUGCACGGAAGGUAAACACGGAAGAGUACAUUUGCCUCUGGCAGGACGAGUAGAGCGGUUCAAACAUGCCUGUCAUCAUGCAGACACAAGGUGAGGUGGGAGGCGGGGUUGUGGGUCACCUCCAGUGCCCCCACUGUGGCAGUUUUUCAAAAAGCCACGCCCACCUGCUAUCGCACCUGGCUGCCUCCCACCCCACCCACCUGGAUGACACAGCUGUGGGUCGCCUCGGCAACAUCCUCAUGUACCAGAGCGGGGUGCGGCUCUUCCACUGCUCCAUCUGCUUCUUCAAUUGCCGCGACUUCACCAAACUGUACAAGCACAUCAUCACCAAACACUGCAUGGACAGGAGGGAGGAGGUAGGCGGAGGGAAAGGUGGGGACGACGGGAGCGAAAAGGGUGAAGAAGAGGAGGGCAAAAAAGACACACUUAAAAGAAAGAGAAGCAGUGAAGGGGAGGAGGAAGGGGAGGAUGAUAGGAGGGAAAAGGGUGAAGAAGAGGAGGGCAAAAAAGACACACUUAAAAGAAAGAGAAGCAGUAAGGAUGAUGGGAAUGAAAAAGUUAAAGAAGAGGAGGGAUCUAAAGACGCUCUAAAAAAGAAGAGAGGCGGUGAAGGGGAGAUGGAGGAAGGUGGGGAUGAUGGGAGUGAAAAGGGUGAAGAAGAGGAGGGAUCUAAAGAUGCUCUCAAAAAAAAGAGAAGUGGUGAAGGGGAGGUGGAGGAAGGUGGGGAUGAUGGGAAUGAAAAGGAUGAAGAAGAGGAGGGAUCUAAAGACGCUCUCAAAAAAAAGAGAAGUGGUGAAGGGGAGGUGGAGGAAGAGAAGUGGUGA